AUGACUGAACGUGUUGAGCAAAGAUACUGCAUCAAAUUUUUUCAAAAGCUUGGUCAUUCUCAAAGCAAAACAAUUCAUAAGAUUCAGCAGGUAUUUGGAGAAGAUGCAAUGGGUGUAACACAAAUUAAGGAGUGGUUCAACCAAUUCAAAAAUGGCUGCAUAUCAGCAGAGAGUGACCUGCAUUCUGGCAGGCCCCAAACUGCUUGGAGUGCAGCUGUUGUUGAGAGGGUGCAAAAUUUGGUGACGGCAGAUUGUCGUUUGACCAUGCGGGAGAUUGCCCAAGAGGUUGGACAAAAUAUAACAAGUAGCAAGUGGGUUCUUGUGAUUCUGUGCAGGAUCAGAUCAAAGCUGACCGACAAUGAGCUUGAGUGGCUACUCAAUGAGGAUCCAGGCUUCAACACUAUACCAGGCAAUGAAAAUGACACCAACUCUGAGGAAGAAGAGGAACUUAUCACACAAAGUGACCACAAUUCAUAUUCUGAACAAAAACACGAGUCACAUGAUGACUGUGAACAGUCACUCCCCCUGACGAUAUUUUUACUGGGAGGGUAA